CAGUUCUUUGUAAAUGUUAUGGUCUUUAUUCUUUUCAUUAAUUUUCUAAAACGCCCCCUAUUUAUAUUUACAACAUUCAAUAUCGAACUUUAAAACAGGUCAAAGGGAACUAAAAGUCUACCUGAGAUUCCCUAUUCAUAUUUAGUAUUGCUGGUCCCCAUGUGGGAUUUCAUGAGUAAAUGCAUUUUCUAUUAAUGCCACUGAUACCAGGAUUUAAACAACUUUGAAGCCACACUGGAGGUUUUCAUCAUAGAUUGGAAUGUUUCUCAGCCAAGGCACAAAUAAAUAAAAUCUUUUUUUAUCAUUUCUUAGGGACUUGUUUAAUACAUGUGAAAUAAGCCACAGUUCUGCAUAGACUUGGAACAUUCGAUGUUAGAAAUUAAGAUGGGAAAUUCUGCAGAGAUUUAAUUGAAACUGUCAACAGAUAUGUCAGGACUGAUGAGUCACAAGCUUGAUGAGCUGUUCACUGCCCUGACCCAGAAUACGCCAAUAACAAACACCCUGAUCAAGCAGGCCAAGCAGGAAUACAGCAGGAUAAGGGAUGUAGCUAUCCGAGGGGAGCAGGGCAGGUCCUCAGCUGAGGUCAUGAAAUGUCCGCACUGUAAAAAGGACCUCCCACUACAGCGACAGACAAAACUGAUCGAUUCAGAAAACGAGAUUACCAGACUCAGACAGGAACUUCAGCUCAAGAUUAGCAUGUGUCAAGAUCUAGAGGACAAGAUUCAGAGGUUACAGACAAUGCAGAAGAGGAGUAACUCAAACCUUGGAGGAGAUACACUUCUUCAGAUCAGUGAGAUUUACUCAAGAUUAUUUGCGGAGCAGUGGCUACAGGCAUACGAGUUCAUGGACAACAAUCUCAACCAAAGAGAGGACAAAGUAUUAGACAUCUUGCAAAGGAUCCUUAGAGCAGCCUAUGAGUUUUGUAAAGACAUUGCUGAUGCUCAGAUAAAGAAUGUGGAGGGAGAAAUCUAUUGCCCCCUGUCUACAUGGACAGAAGACAAGAGACUGGAAUUUUCAGUCACUCCUCGAUCUAAAACUUCCUCUAUCAGCAGUCUGGCUAAACAAUACAGAGACAUGGCCUCAUCAGAGUGUAUCCCUAUCCUACAGGAGACUUUCCUUAAAGAAGUCUUGCCUGAAUUCCUAGAUGUGCAGUAUGUAAAUGAGCCAGUGGUAGUCAGAUAUACACAGAAAUGUGUGGAAGUCACGUGGUACAUGUGUAUACAGUUGCCUCAAUUGCACCUUGUCACCAAGGUCAUAAGAAAGUCAACCUUUGACACCAAGUUGUUUAGUUAUUACACAAUGGCAGGAGAUAAAAUAGACUUUGUUGUCUGGCCAGCAGUGAUUCAAGGGGAAAAUGAAAGAAUUGUCUCCAAAGGAGUUGCCCAGGCCUUGGAUAAUAAUAGGUCCCAUUCCUCCGUAAAGGCCUCAAUAUAUUCUCAUCAAACUGAAAAAUCCCCACAACCCCAGGAGCAUGUGACACCACAGCAACAAGGCCACAUCUCUCCUGCUGGUUCUCUCAACAAUCCAGCUCUAAGAGGUACACCAUGGGGCUCACAGUUUUAUGGCUCCAAUAGAGGUACCCCUUCAGUAGACCUACCUCCAACUCCUACAGAGGACCCUCCUUCCAGUCCUAAGGGUGUGACAAAAGUAGGUUCCAGAGUUAGUGUGGCUGUACCUGAGAAAAGUGAAUCUGAGGCAGCAAGGUCCAAGAUGGGAAAGAGCUCAGUAAAACCCCAAAAUUCUGAUACAGAGCAGGCCAAAAGUAGGAGAGCUUCUAUAGAUAAACAGAGAGGGACAGUGAAUGGGAAUCCAAAAAGCCCAAAGACGGUGCUGGAAAGUCCAGUUCCACAGUCCAAGAGAGGUACUGCACAGAGGGACUCCAGAUACAGCCCCCCUCUGGAAACCAUGUCACUGACCACAGCCUGGAGGGAAUCUCGAGCUCAGCCAAUGAGUAAGCCUGGAAAAUCAUAGGAAAGUCAUAUUAACCAAUGAGAAAGCCUGGAAAAUCAUAGGAAAGUCAUGUGAACCAAUGAGAGAUUCAGGAAAAUCAUAGCCAAAUCAUAUCAACCAAUGAGAUAUUCAGGAAAAUCAUAGCCAAAUCAUAUCAACCAAUGAGAGAUUCAGGAAAAUCAUAGCCAAG